CCUGGAUGAAGGGGUACCGGGAUGAAGCAGACAAGGAAGUUUUAAUCAUUUCGGUUUACUGACAGUGGAUAUGACUGACGAAAAUUUGAAGCAACUUCUCUAUGAGGUUGAGAAGUUUCUAAAUGAAACCCUUAAGAAGGAGAAGUUGGGCAAGAAGUCCCAGGAGCACAAGCAGAUCAUCCUUGACAAGCUGACCAAGCUGUAUGAGGAGAACCCUAACUGGGUGCCAACACAGAACUCAGAUGGCUCAGGGAAGGAUGAUGACUCCACAAUGACAGGAGGCAGUAACAAGUCAGACGAAGGGGACACUAACUCCUACAGUGGAUAUAUUGAAGGGAAGCGGGAAACUGAAACCAACCUGGGUAUUGGCCUGAUUGCAGCGGGGGACAUCAAGGAACCCCUAGUUGCCGGUUUCCUAGACAAAAAACAGAAGAAAGGGACUGGUCUUUUUGGCCCGAAGUUACAAACACGGUAUUGCGUGAUAAGCGGUGGUGUGUUCUAUUACUACGAGAAACAGACGGACAAGAAACAGUGUGGGGCCUUCAAGCUGGAUGGUUACAAAUUCCGGAACAAUCCAGAAAUUUCCACCAAGAAGAAUCUAAAGGAAUUGUGUUUUGAAGUGUAUCACUCUGAUGAAAACAAACGACUGUACCAGUUCAUUACCAAGACUAAGCCUGAGUACGAACAGUGGGAAAUGUUCAUCAGCAGUCAAGGUCAACCAUUGAUAGAGGAGGACAUGUAUGAAGAAGUGGGCAAUGAAUUGAAGGAAAAGGUGCUUAGUGACAAGCCACUACCCAGUGGCCCAGAAGAAGACUAUGUUGAUGAUGUCUCAGUCAUCACUCCACCUGGCCCCAGUGAGCCCAGUGAAGACUAUGAGGAGCCCGAGGCGCCCAGUCGCCCCCCACCCCCUCCCAUCUCAACCCUCAAGCAUGCCCCUCCCAUCUCUACCCCCAAGCAUCUCCCACCACUUCCACCGCCCCCAGAGCCUGAACUCAUCCAAGAGGACAUUUAUGAUGACACGGUCAGCCCCCAGACGGUCAGCCCCCAGCCUGCGCCGCCACCUGUCCCUCCACCAAUUAUUAGGAAAGCACCACCCCAGCGUGUGCUGCCAGAGUGCCCCCCACAGAAGGUGAAGAUCAAUGUCAAAGUCACGUGCAACCCCAAGGAGGAUUUUGAGAAUCUCUACUACGGGAAAUGGGACUGCAAUGCAGAUAACAAAAAUGAGCUGAGUUUUAAGCGUGGAGAUAUGGUUUAUGUCAUUAGUCGGCAGUUCGAUGAAAAGGCCUGGUGGAUCUGCGAAUGCCAUGGCAAGUAUGGACUGGUGCCAAAAUCCUUCCUUUUACCUGCCUAUACUUCUGUUGAUUAACAGGUUUGGAAGCAAUUUACAGACCAACACUUUUUGUAUACCGAUAGUAUAUUGACCAAUUUUUAAAAGACCUUUUUGAAAAAAUAAGAAAUAAUUAUAAAAUAAGGGAUAGCCAAAUGUUUAGUGUAAAGUUU